ACAAUAUUCAAAUCCUUUAUGUAACAUAUUUACUUUGAUAAAUUUAGUAACAUUUUCUCCAAACAACAAACACAUACACAACUUCAAUUCCUUUCUAUAUUACCUAUGGAAGUACAAGUACUCUCGCCUUCACCGGCCGUCGACUUUAACUACGACAGCACGUCAACCUCUCCGUACGCCACCGCACCAUCAAGCCCCCAGUCUAGCAUCCCAUUCACUUGGGAAGAAAAACCAGGCAUUCCAAAACAAGAUAAUAAUAAUAAUUAUAAUUAUCUUGCUGACGAAGACGAAUCAUCAGUUGACACUGAAUUCGCCUUCGGGUACUUGGAACGCCAUUCGAUAUCCGCCGCCGACGAGUUAUUCGACGGCGGUAAAAUCAAACCACUAAAACCUCCCCCACGUUUACAUUUCUCAAAUACUAACAACGACUCACCCGUGUCCCCAAAAUCGCCAAAAUUGCGUUUUAAAGAACUUUCUUUAUCUCCAAGAAAUAAAAAAAACGAUUUUGACCCUUUCUCAGAAGCAUUAAAACAAACACAAAAUGAUCAUAUUCAUACACUACAAAAACGUGGGCGAGAAAAAACGGUUGAAACGACGAAAAGGCGAAAUACGAAAGUAUCGCGAUCUUUAUCACCGUUAAAUUAUUAUUCUAGAAAAAACAACAACAAUAACACAACAACAAUGGAACAGACGUCAUCAUCAUCGUCACCAACGUGGUACAAUAAAUGGAAUUUAAAGAACUUGUUAUUGUUUCGAAGUGCGUCGGAAGGAAGUGUGACGUCAGCAAGAAAGCAGGGGGAUUCUAAAAAAUACACAUUGUUGAAAAAGAAUAAUAAUAAUAAUAAUGAUCAAACCACAUCGUUUAGUUUUAGAAGUACGGAUAGUAGUGGUUCUUCUUCGGUUCAAGUUUCCGCAGAUAAUGACGAUUUUAGUACGACGAAUGAGGGGACGAAAAAUAAGAAGACGAGUACUGGUAGUACUAAUUUGUCUUAUAAAUCUGCAGGGUUAAUGGGUUGUUUAAGGUUCAAUCAAAAUGCAGGGAGUGUUCAUGAGAUCUCACGAGGUAUUAAUUCUGUUAUGAAAGGAUGAAGUAUUAUUCGAUAUAUAUGAUAUAUAUGAUUCAUGGUCAUGUGCUAUAUAUAUCACAAAAAAAAAAACAGAUUUGUUUUUUGAAUCUUUGUAUAUCACAUACAUAUAUACAAUUUUUUUGUAAUGUACGUGUAUGUUGUUAAUGUUAACUAAUAUGUUGGUGUAA